UAAAAACUAUUAAACUACAGUUUUAGUCAUGGUUUCGCUCUGAUUCAUUGUUUAUAUUUUUUGAACUCUCAUUUCAUUUAUUUGUUUUCUUUUUUGUUGUUUGCAGAAGCGAAAUCUGUGAAGAGCUUUUAGCGAAUCAAUCAUGAGUAAGCUUCAGAGUGAUGCAUUGAGAGAAGCUAUCUCAACCAUUAUGCAAUAUUCGAAGGAGACAAAGAAAAGGAACUUCACUGAGACCAUUGAGCUCCAGAUUGGGCUCAAGAACUAUGAUCCCCAAAAGGACAAGCGUUUCAGUGGUUCUGUCAAGUUGCCACACAUUCCUCGCCCUAAGAUGAAGGUCUGCAUGCUUGGUGACGCUCAACACGUUGAAGAGGCAGAGAAAAUUGGCCUCGAUUACAUGGAUGUUGAAGCCUUGAAAAAGCUUAACAAGAACAAGAAACUUGUUAAGAAGCUUGCCAAGAAGUACCAUGCCUUUUUGGCAUCAGAAUCUGUCAUCAAGCAGAUCCCUCGUCUGUUGGGACCUGGUCUUAACAAGGCAGGAAAGUUCCCUACCCUUGUUACUCACCAAGAAUCUCUGGAGUCGAAGGUUAAUGAGACCAAGGCAACAGUGAAGUUCCAAUUGAAAAAGGUGCUCUGUAUGGGAGUUGCCGUCGGAAACUGUGCCAUGGAGGAGAAGCAAAUCUUCCAGAAUGUGCAAAUGAGCGUUAAUUUCCUAGUAUCCUUGUUGAAGAAGAACUGGCAAAAUGUGAGGUGCCUCUAUCUGAAGAGUACUAUGGGUCCGUCAAACCGGAUCUUUUAAGAAAUUAUUUUUGCAUGGUAUUUUGGACUUGUGUAGGAAAAGACUAGUGUGAGCUUAAUACCGAAAACGUGUCGAACUCUGGAUAUGCUCAUAUUUUGAAUGUUUAUUUUUGGUGUCUCAACUUGAAUAUUUUAGUAAUUUUAUAAUGGUAGACUUAUAUCAAGUUUUUUUUUUGAGAGA